AUGGCUUCAAUCUCAGCAAAUCCAUGUUUUUGCUCUGAACAUGGUCUAAAACGUUUUACCAGCAAGAAAGGACGUGGUUUUGUUAAAUGUGGCAAAGGAACGUGUACUUUAUUUUCGCCCGAAGAGGAUUACAAAGAAUUACUAGCAGCUUACGAAACGAAAGUAGUUCAAAAGUUUAAGCCAAACAAGUUUCCUCUUUGUGACUGUGAGGAAACCACGCGUCUCUGGGUGUCACACUCAGAAAAGAAUCCUGGUCGACCGUACUUCCGUUGUCAAGACGUCGACGAAGAAGACAAAUGCACGUUUUUCCAGUGGGCAGAUGAUCUGACCAAGAAGAAGAAGAAAAAGAAGAAGACAUCCAACAAUGAUUCAUCUUUUAAAGAGAGGGAAACAAGAAAUCUACGCAAACGAAUAAGGGUUCCAGACUCUUCCGAUGAAGAAACAAUGAACAAUAGUCAAAAUUAA